AGCGCCCAAUAAAUACAGACGUCUUGCGAACCAAACGUAUUGUAAACACAAUAGAGUUUACACUGAAUUAGCACUCAUUCACGCAUUAAACACACGUUUCCAUCGGUUUUACAAUCGUUUUCAUGAUUAACAUCUCGUUUGAGACGCCAAUUGUGUCGCCAUUUGUCGCGCAAACAUCACCGCCGAAGAGCACCGCCACCACAGCCGCCGAAGCCAUGAUCUGUAUGAACGCCACGACGAGCGCCGACUCGUCCAACGACUCGUCGGUCAGCGGCGGCUACUCGUCGUCCAUAUCGAUGCCCACGUCAUCGCCGGUCAAGUCGUUGGCCAUCAAACAGCUGUUGGAGAGUCCGCUCAUUAAGGCGCCGGUGGCUGUCGUCCAGAGCUCCUCCACCACCUCCUCGUCAUCCGCGGCGCCGUCCGAGUCGUUGUCCACCACUUCUUCAGCGCCGGUUGUGAUGAGUUCGCAGACGAGCGUUGAGUCGUCGGACGACACGGAUUUGGACACAAAUCCAGAGCUAAACGCCGUUUUGGUGGCCGAGUCGCCGGAACCGUCGCCACAGUCGACGCUCGAAGACGUGAACAACGAGGCGACGGACGGCGUGACAGAAGUGGCCGACAGUCAGUCGAGUCAGUCGUCCGUCACAUCCAUGACAACGGCUGCGGCCGAAGACGACUCGAACGACACGACGAGCGGCGGUUCCAUUGGUGGCCGCAAUUGUCUGCGACGGCAGACCUCUAUGUGCGUCAAUACCUCAAUGUCUUCUCCGCGAGCGUUGGCUAUACUGAAGAACGCCAUCAAAACCUCUUAUAAUAAUAAUUCAAAUAAAUUUUGUGAUAAAAUGGUUGUCAACAGUAAUAACAUGAAUGGCGGCGAAGACGUGACCAAUAAGGGUGUCGUGGAGUCCAACGGCUGCCAGAGUCCGCCGAAUCACAAACUGAUCCGCAACUCGCCGUUCAGUCGCGGAUCAGUGUAUCUAAAGGCUGUCAAAGAGCGCUUUGAGACCCAAAGGGCCGAUAGGAGUCCCAAAGUGGUCAACGAUUUGUCGAUUGAGUUGUCGAUUGACUCGAGUUUCGACCGCCAACUGAAGGGUAUUAUCCGUAAACACGAGUUACAGUCGUCGCCCACCAGUUCAGGGGAACCGAAGGCCAAGAAGAAGAAGGUGUUGUUCGCCGAACCAGUCGUCAGCUCUAAGUUGGAGUUCAAGCUGUUGUCGCCGUCGCCCACGUCCUCGCCCUCCAUAAGCGGCGUUCAGUCGCUGUCGCAACAGCUGUUCCCACAGCAGGCGCGGCAGUCCAUCAUCUGCGAGGGGCCCGACAGUAACGAUAAGAGGCGAAACUCAUUGGUCCACCAAAACAGUACAUUCGAUAAGGAGUUUGACACCAAUUCCGUGGACUCGAGUGACUCCGCGAGCAGCGAUUCGCCGCUUCUCAUGACACAGAAGUUCUUCGCCGACGACUUGGACCCCACGUGUAGUCAAUACCCGACGACUAUCAUCAGUGAUUUCGAUGAUAACUCGGACAUGAAUUUGAGGAAUGCGAUGAUUUCGUCGACCAAUGAUAGCCAACAGGACUCGCAGUCGUCGUCCGAAGACAUGUUUAUGUGUUCGCAACCGAUGCCCGAAAGCCUUGGCGUCCAACUGGUGGACAUCGGCGUGCAAACGAUUCCCAUAAGUGAGAGCGCCGACACGUUCGUGGAGGACCCGGUGCUCAACGUACCCAUGCGUCUCAGUCUAAUUAAGGAGUUGUUUAAUAUGUUUGGAAACGUUUUGGACCAAUACUCUGAGUCUUAACACAAGAGCUUUCAUUUGUUAAAAACCAUUUUAAUUUAUGUCUUAAUAUAUCGUUAAGUUAUAUCGUAAUUACACAAUGAGUUUAGGAGUUAUUUUAAAAAUUGAUUUUUGUUUUAGUUUCUCAUCCAAUAAUAAACACAAAAUGCAAACUAACAAAAUGACACACAAAUACUUUGCGCAACAAACAAAUGAAUGCUAUAUUUUUCUCCAUAAGCUAUACAACUAUAAAAACAAUUUAG